GGUGGUGAUGUGUGUUGAUGACCAGGUAAGGUUUGAGGCAACUCCAAGGAACCUAAAACUGCUCACCUGCUCCAUUUCAGCUCCACUGAUGCAGACAGGACCAGAGGAGUUCCUCCCACUUCAGUGUUUACAUGCUGACGGGACUCUCUGUAAGUGGAGACCAGGCUGGUUGUUGGCAGCAUCGUCACGUGGUCUCCCAUGGUAACCGGCGAGUGUCAUCAGUUCCGCUCCGGCAGGAGAGCAGCCUCCGUCCUGAAUCCACCGCGACUCUUCAUGACAACUCUGCUGCCGGCUGCUGACUUCACACUGACCUCCCUGACAUCUUCCAGAAGAAGACCGAGGACCGUCCACGACCCCCCAUCUCCUCGCCUCUAAUACUGUUUUUUGAAGGUGGUUCCGAGGAGCUGGAAACCAUGAGUCACCUCAGCCCGGGACUUAUUUCAGCCUACAACAGUCUCACAGACAAGCAUCUCGCUGGAUACUUCAGCAACACUCGGAUCAGGAGACACCUGCACAGAGCCGGACUGAUCACCCGGAGUGGCCGUAUUGUUCCAGAGAAGGAGUACAGACACAAGCUGAUGCAGAGAGCCCACCAGAGACACGUUCGAGAAUGUCUGGCCCAGGCCAUUUUCCACAAGGUUCUGGAGAUGGAGCGUGUCCACCAAAUAGAGAUCAAAAGGAGACUGGAGGAGUUUGCAAGGAGGGAAAGAGUGCACAAGAUCAAGGUGGAUCGUUGUAAAAGGUACGAAGAAGACAUCAUCCGCAUCCUGUCACCACGCCCACCCACGGGUGCCAGAGCCAUCCGAAAACAGCACUCUGGGCCAGAGGGGGAGCACUCUGAAUCCUCUGAGUCCGUGAGUCAGAACAUCUGUCUUAAUCCACCGGGCUCAUCUCGACCCAACACGGCUCCGGGGAAGAUGCAGAGGCCGGUGCGUCUGAAGCCGAUCCACAGUAACAGCACCACCGCGUCGCUCAGGCGCAGCUCCCCUUACAGACCCCUCGAUUCCUCCAAUGAGAACGACCAGCCAUUCAACUGCACUAUGGAGUCCCGCAGACGUUUGAACACAAAGGAGGCCUCUCGAGACAUCUCACCCUACUGCCUCCCCGUCAUCAACAACUUUGUCACACCAGUGCCUCCAGCCACGAAGAGGAAGGAGAGGGGGCUAAAGGUCAAUGCCAGCGGCACGCUCAGAGGCCGCAGACUGCGUCCUACCACUGCCUCCAGCGGAGCUGACGUCAAUGAGGACCCCCCCAUGCUGAGGAGCUCUGUGCACCAGAGCAGAGUUGCUGUGAACAUGACGUACUUUGGCAAAUCUGUGCAUCUCUCCCACGACCUGAGUGACAUGAGGGAUGAGGUCAAAGUGUUUCAGCAACACUGUGGAGGAGAGAACCUGUGUGUUUACAAGGGCAUGCUCCGCGAGGGAGAGACCUUCCAGUUUAUCUCCAGGCGACACAGAGGCUACCCUUUCAGUCUGACCUUCUUCCUGAAUGGGCUGCAGGUGGAGCGCCUGAGCUCCUGCUGUGAGUUCAAACACAGGAAGGGCUCCAGACUUGGCGGCAGGCACGGACACUUUGGCUUCUCCCAUGUAGAGAGGGCCUCCCCCUGCUACAAGUGCAUCAUAGCUAUGGGAUUGGAUAAAAAGCCCACUCCUCCACCAAAGAGGGUCAGAGAGGACGGAGGAAGAGAGGAGUCGCUCAUCAGCCUGAAGGAUGCUCCUGAGCUGAAGACAGAGAGGGAUGGAGAGGAUGCUGCAUCCCAUUCAGAGGGCGAAACCAGCCAACAGCAGGACAUGGAGAUACAAGUCAAAGAAGAAACAGCAGCUGUGGAGGACAAAGUCAGAGAUGAUUAUGAGGAAGACUUUGAAGCAGAUGACGAGGGCCCUGUGGAAGAUGCUGCGGCAAGAGAAAAGAAAUCCCCGUCUCCAUCCAGUGAAACUCAAGAGCAGGUGAAAGAGAGAGAUGCCUCUGAGACUGAGGACGACGAGAAGGAUGAGGACAUAAAGUCUCGUUCAGGCUCCAGCUCCCCGGGCAGCGAACAAGAGGAGAGCGAUACUGAAGCUGUCAGAGACUCCAGAGAGGACGAGAAAGCAGACCAACCUCAAGAGGUCCAUCAAGAGGAAACUGCUGUUCCACUAGAUGAAACAGAACCUGCCACUGAGACGGAGGCUGCUGCGGCAAAAGACUCUGACACACACAACAGUGCGGGGGACAGCACAGAGAUAGACAUCUCUGACACCAACGUUCCCUCGGAGAACAAACAGAGUGACGACACCUCCGGAGACAGAGAGGUUGAGAAAACUGUAGAUGAGUGCGAACAGGAGGAGGAACCUGAGCGGGCUAAAUCUGUACAGGAGAAGCUGGCAGAGGCCAUCCUGAAGGAGUCGCACUGCAGCUCUGAGCCUGAACUGAGCGACACAAGUACUGAGGAGGAGGAGGAUUCCGCAAGUAAAGCUUCAGCACAGGACAACAAGGAUGCAGUUCCAGAGAAAUCAGUGGCAUGCACAGAGCAGCAGCAGACCCUUGCAGAGGAGACAAAAUGUGAGGAUGAAGAUGUCGGUGGUGAAGCUGAGGCGUUGGUACCAGAUCUGGAUGAGACGUCUGAUCCAAAAGAACAGGAGGUUGAAACCGAACAAAAACCCCAACAGAACGGUGAAGGGAAGGUCAAAACAGAUGAGGAGGACGAAAAGGCUGCAUCAGAAGAAAACACAACAGAGAAUAACAAAUCAGAGGAUACAGCUCUGCCUCCUGUAUCUGAAGAGGAGAUGGCUGAAGAUGGCAAGACUUCAGAACCUCAAGAAGAUGCAGCAGCGAAACCCAAUGAUGCUGCAGAGAAAGAUGAAGAGGAACCUGGAGUGGAGGCUGAGGCGCAGCCCGACGAGACGGGGCAAGGGGCACAAACUAGCAAAGAGGAUGAGUCAUCGGUAUCAGGGCCAAAUAAAAAGACUGAUGAGACAGCAGCGGCAGAUAAUGCAGAGGCGGAGGCGAUGACAGAGAGCGAGACAAUGGAGAUGAAAGCAGAGCCCUCAGAGGAGCGAGAGGCCCUCGACUGUGAAGAGGCACCUGUAACCGACACAGAGGAGAGGCAGCAGGGAGACAGCGAAGACAGAGCAGCAUCAGAAACAGAAGUCACAGCGGAGAAUUUAAGCAGCUCGCUGGAGGGAAGCGGAGACACCACGGUUGAGAAAACAGCGGAAACAAGUGGGGACAAUGCAAAAGAUGAGAGCAGUAAAGAUGAUAUUAAAGAGGAGGGAGCAGAGGACGUGUCAGCAGCAGAGGCUAAGGUAGAUGAUGAGCAACGAGAAAGGUGUGAUGAGGGAGAAGUGCAGACAGAAAAAUCUGUGGAGUUAGACAAUAAGGCAGAGGAGAAAUGUGAAGAGGAAGGUAAGGAGGGAGAAAAGCAAACAGACCCAGCUGAGAUAACAGAGGGUCACAGUAGUGAGGAAAGCAAAGAAGAUGAUAAAGAAGAAACACUAGGAGGGGAGAAUAGUGAGAGUAAGAAAGUAGAGAGGGUAGAAGAUGGGGAAAACACUUCACAGUUGACCAAAAGUGACUCAAACACUGAAGGAAAGGCAAAUGAACAAGCAGAGAACACUCCUGGCGAAGAAGUGGCGGUUGAAGAGAAGGAGGACGAAUCAGAAAAGACGGAGAAAGAUGAAGACAGGGAAUGUGUCAAGAACGAAAACGGCGAGCAAGAAUCUGAAGAAAAGGCAACGGCGACUGAUGCAACUAAUGAGGGUGAGAAGAUGAGUGAGCCGAACACAGCUGCCAAUGAAGGAAAGGAUGAUGAGCCAGAAAAAGAUCAGAAUGAGAACAAUGCUGAGCAAAGUGAAGCUGCCAAGAAUGAGGAUGAUGAAGAAUCUGAAGAGAAGAAAGUGGCAUCUGACGAGACUGCAGCGGGAGCGGAAACGUCCGAGAUUGCAGAAGAACCCGAGAAAAGUGCAGAAGCAGACUUUGAUAAAGAUCAUGUGAAAAUAUCUGAUGGCAAUAUUGUUGAGUCAGAGGACGUCGGUGACUGUGAAGCAGCAAACGCAGCGGAUGAGCCCGAGGCGACGCCGAACAACGGGAUGGAGGGCGAAGAUGUGACGAAAGGCGCUGACAAAGGAGGAGACAACAGUGACAGUGGAAAAAUUGAUGCUGAGAAUGGAGAGAUUUCUGCAGGAGCGGAGAUCAAAACUCAUGAGGACGAGGGAGAAGCUCAAACUGAUGGCAAGAAUGACGCGAAAACAGAAGAGGAAACAGAAAAUAAGAUCAAAACUGAGGAAGAUGAGAGCACAGAGGUAGAAGAAGUAACUGUGGAGUCAGGAGACGGUGCUGAAAAACACGAAGACAACAAAGUCAGUCAGGGCUCUGACACCGAUGUGGUAGAGAGCGGGGCUAAGGAAGGGGACGAGGGUGUGGAAAAGCAAGACGAACCGACAGAAAACAGCUGUGAGCCAGAGACAUCUGGAACAGAAACAAAAGAGGAAUCUAAAUCAGAUGACAGAAAGGAAGGAGAGAAAAGAAAUCAAGAUGAAAACGGCAACAUAUCUGAUCCUGAUCAUGUAAACAGAGAGACAGGUGUGAUCAAAAUGAACGAUAACCUCCAGGGGAACAACGAUGAGGUGAUUGUUGCUUCCACAAGUGAUCAGGGACAAUCUUCAACACCCUUAGAUGAUACAGCUCCAGACGAAUCCAGCGAACCAUCUCAGACUGACAAACACCCUCAAGUUGGGGAGAACACUUCUGUCGUUGACCUCUCUGCUGCCACCGAUGGAGAAAACGGAGACACGGAAGAGGCGAGCAAGGCCUCGGAGGAAGGAGCGAGUGUGCUGCUCAAACCUCAAGCACAGCCGUCCCCGCUUAGUCAAAACAACAAGACGGAAAACACUGAAGAGGGCGAUGCAGUAGGCAAAGAAACCCCAGAGGCCUUAGCAACAGAGGACAGCAAGGAUCUGGUCAAAAACUGGGUGACCAUGCACCAAAAAUCCAAGUUUUUUGAGACGUUUGUUGAACCUUUAGAGGACUUUAAGGAAUCAGAAGCGAAGGUGUCCAACCCUGAUGAAGAAGCGACUCAACCCACAGUGCCGCAGACAUCAGAGAGUCCACUUAAAAUGGUAAAGGUGUCUGAAAAUGCAGAAAAAGAGCAAACAGUGAGAGACAUAAUUGAGACAAAGGACGAAACAGAAGAUGAAGCUGUGGAGAGCAGUCACGCUGAAGAUGCAAAGAAAGACCCUGUCGAGGACACUGAAGAGACUGAGGUGCAAGAGCUGAUACCAGAAGCAGAGAGUGAACAAAACGAUAAAGAGUCUGUGAAAGGGCGAGGCCAAGAAGAGAACAAAGAAAGCGAAGGAUCUCUGAAAGAAGAUCAAGUUCAAGAGGGUUUAACUCAGAACACAGAGCAAACUGAUAUUGACAAAACGGAAGUGGAAAGCAUUGCAGGCACUCAUCAUUCAGUCACUAGUGGCAGACGGGAGAGCGUCUCUGAGAACCAAGCCGAGGAGAAAACUACCGAUGGGCCGAACGAGCCGGACCUGAGUGAAAACCAAACAACAGUUGAAGAGAUCAAAGGUCUUCUACCCUCAUCCGAAACAGAAGAGCACCAUGAGCAUUCGACAGGUCCAGAAGGGCUCGCUGAAUUGAAGACAAGUGAGCUGAAAGAGACAGAAGGAACGUGGGAAAGAAGUCGAGAAAUUACAGAAAUCACCGAUUUUACAGAAGAUGGGAGCCAUGAGGAGUCCCCUCCUGAAGAGACUCGACCCAAACCGUCAGAUGAGAGUAUCAGCGGAGACAGAGGAGGCGUGCAGCUGAUCCGAGACAUCCCGCACACUCUCAGCAAAGACCGGCUGAGCACUUUCUCAGUGGACGAAACGUUGUUCGGUCGAAGUUCACAUCCUUUGCUGACUGCUGCGAGGACGGAGAGUGGACAUUAGAGCUGUGGCACCAAGGUACAGUGAUGCCUUACUUGUUUAUUUAUUUAUUUUUUGACAAGUAAACAUUUAAAAGAGGAAAAGACUUUAAAAGUGAAAAUAUGAAAAAAGCUGAAGACUUGCGGACAUUUACGAGGAAGUGCCUUCACGCCGCGAUUAGACAAUCAGAUUAAGAGCUAGAAACAGAAUAUUUGUAGCGAUCAGGGAAUGUAAUCUGAUCUCACUGUUGACAGCGGAGGUCAAGUGUCUUGUGGUUUCUGUGUUUACAUUACAAUGACUUCUUCUUAGAUCGCCUUCAUCCUUCAAUCACCCAAAAGAAGCUGCAGGAUGGGUUUUGACUGCUGUAUAAGAUGUUUACAAUAGACCACCUCUUCCUAUUGUUGGUAACAAAGAGGCGUAGUUCGUGCGAGGUAUCAAGUACGGCUGCUAUCACCUAUUACCUGUAAACAGAUACCCUCCCACUCAUGCUCACGUAUGAUUGAAUAAUUCAUCGCUGUUGGACUCCUGCAGCUUAGUUAGUGCACUUUACAUUUCCAGUGACUGCUGGGCACAAGCACAAUGUUACAGGAGAUCACCGUGAUCAGAGAUCUGUAGUUGCACUGCGUCGAUGAUGAUUUUAGUCGUUUUAAAAUGCUUCUAUGUUCGGAUGAUGUCAAGACAAAUAAAUGCAGUGGAACAUCAGAAAUGCUAACAUUAGAUAACAUCAAGGGUUCAUUCAUAAUGAGACUGCUAAUCAGUUCAAUAUAAUAUAUAUAAUAACAGUGGUAACAUUGUGACAUGUAAAGUUUAGGCCCAUUAUGUGCAUUAUUGCUGCUAACACUACCUCUUAUUAAAAAACAUAUUCUUCAAGGAAAGUUGACUGCAAAAUCAGAAACACAUAAUUUUCCUCUGUCCUGUAGUGUUAUUUUUCCAUCUAGAUUUUGGUGUGAGUUGCCAAGUAUUGGAAAUAUUAGCUGUAGGGAUUUCUGAAGUUUAAAAAAAACAACAACAAAAAAAAAUUUGAACAAAUCAACAGCGUGACCAGAAAUCAUGACCUGGUCACUCAAGGUAAUCCACGACAGGCCCUAUUGUGAGAAUGUAGGGACUAUUUUGCUUUCUUCUGAACUACACAUGUCAACCGUAUCACUGCCUUGAAGGAAGCACACAUCUGCUCAUGGACAAGACACUUUUCUCAUGACAAUGCAGGAUGCAAACAAUAACAGCGUCCUCCUUAAGUCAGCGAGCUAUCUCUACUGCUGAUACCUCCAGAAUUCUACGACUCCUAAUUUCAACAGCACCACAGGUUGGAGGAAAAUGCAUGUUUUUUGUAAUUUUAGGAUGAACUUUCCCUUGAAUAUUUAUUUUUACUGCCUUUUCAUCUGGGUUUGUGAGGCUUCAUCUGUUCAUUUGAUAACUGUCAAUGACUGAACCCCUGUGUGAUUUGGCUACUUAAAGAAAAAUAAAAAACA